GCCGAGCAACUGUAGAGAAAUAGAGUCUGAUAGGGUCAGCAAAAGGCCAAGCAAUCGUAUGGUGGGUCUCAACGCCAGUAAUACUAACACAAAUAUAUCUCGACGAAGAAGGUCCAGUAAUCAACGCCUCUCCAUGUCCUUUUCGGGGAUCGAGCAGGAGGGGACACGUGGCAGUAAUCAAAACAACAUCUCAAACAACAACGGCAAUGCUCGAACAAAUACUGCUAGCAGCCCCUCGUACCACGCACACCAAUACAGGCGAGCUCGACGAAUUUCUGUUGGCACCAGAGGGAAACCGCGAACGCAGCGACAGCAACAAUUAUCACCCUUGAUAACUAGCAAUAGCGUGAAUUCUGGCCUCUCAUCCUAUACCGAAAUGACGUAUUAUUCCGACACGGAAAUCAUUUCCUCCGACGAUGACGACGUUUCUAUAAGUGACUGCUCCUCGUCGUUUCAUUUUUCGGAUAAUGUGGUUCUUAAUGGACUCGAUAACAAUUGUAAUAAUUGUUACAACAACACUAAGGGGAAAUACGAGGAGGCAAAUCGCGCCAGCUUCCCGUUGCUCACCAAUCACAGCCAGCGAACCCAGCAAUCCUUCUUUUCCCUGAAAGACCUGGUAUCGAUGGGAACUGUUUCCAGUCUGAGUGACAAUGAAACACCCGAUGACGACAGUGAUGGCGGUGACACAAAGGACACCAACACAGAUGGCGAAGAGGAGGAAAAGCAAUAUUUCAAUAACGAUGAUACCGAGCGAAGGAUAGAAAUUACGUUUGCAUCUUCCAACAUAUCAAUGGACCAGCGUCCGCAAGAACAACGGCAACUUAGAAUUAUAACAGGACGUCGUUUCAUCAACGAGGAUACCAUAUUAAGUGAUGGGGAGGAAGAUCUUUGCGAACUUACAGAAGAAGUUAUGGGAAACAAUGACGAAGAGGAACUGACCAUCAAAGAAUCCGAAACAGAAAUGGAAGAACGAUUCGACGACGACCUCGAAGAGGAGGAAGAGUAUCGGGUUCUCUUGAACGAUGUUGACGAUGAAACUGGCACUCGCAAAAGAGACGUAAGAGGAAGCAAACAUCGGAACGACGAAUAUAGCAUUGAGUCCGUGGAUGAUGAAACAGUCGAGGAAGAAGAGAUAAUAGAAAUCGAAGAGGUGAUUCUCGACGACAACGAACAGAGCGAAGAAGAAAUAGAAGAAGUCAUUAUCAACAAUAACGAACAUGGGGAAGAAGUCUUUAUUUGCCACAACGGGGAAGCUGGUAAGGAGGCAAUAGAAGAAGUUGCUCUCGAACAAUACGAGCUUUAAGAAGUGAAAGUAGUUUUUUUUUGUGACUGGUUUUUGAAGAAGUCGUCUAGCUCGUUCACUGAGAAGUGCUCUUAUUUUACAAUCAGAUUUUAAUUGUUCGGUUGUAUACAACGCACAAAUAACUUGCCACAUCAGUA